AUGCAGUCCAUCCUCCAGAAAACAACAGGUAUCGGCCCUCAGGUCGUCAAACCCGAGAACCUCCAAGGUCGCGUCGCCAUUGUAACAGGUGGCGCCUUGGGUAUUGGCUAUGAAGUCAGCCGUGCUCUUGCCCACGCCGGCUGUAAAGUCAUCAUGGUGAACCGCAAAGAAGAACAGGGCACGAGCGCUAUUGAAGCAGUCAAGAACGAGAAACAUGACGCCGACAUUGAAUGGAAAGAAUGCGACAUGGGUAACCUUGCUCAGAUCAAGCAAGUCUUUGGCGGUUUCCGCGAGUCUCUUGACAGACUUGACUUUCUAGUGCUGUCCGCCGGUAUUAAUACCAAUCAAUUUGGUCUAGACUCUGAUGGAAUCGAGAGACACUUUGGUGUCAAUUUUCUUGGACAUUUCUAUGUCUGCAACCAGCUGUGGCCUCUGUUGAGAAAGACGAGCAAGAUGGACAACACGCCACCUCCAAGAGUUGUCUUUGAGGCCAGCGAGAUGCAUCGUCUUGCGCAACUGUCGAAUGUACAAUUCAGGACAAAGGAAGAGAUCAACGACCCGGAUCUGGACUCGACUGCGCGAUAUAACCGAACCAAGCUGGCUAUGAUCUUGUUUGCAAAAUACGGACUGGCUGGUAAGGUCAUUGCCGAAAACAAGGACAAGAUUUAUGCUCUCUCCGUCCAUCCCGGAGCAGUCAACACUGCGAUGCAGCAGCAGUGGAAAGAUGCGUACCCAGGCCUUACAGGAAAGCUUCUUUCUUGGGCCAUGCUGGCUAUUGGUCGCGACGUCGAGCAGGGUUCUUACAGUGCGCUCUGGGCCUUGACGUCGUCUAGAAUUGAAGAGGAGGACUUGAAUGGAUACUAUUUUGUUGAUCCUGACAAGGAAGGCCAGGAGACAAGUCAAGCUUCCAACCCUGAGUUGGCGAGUAAUCUUUGGGAUCUCAGCACGAGCUUCAUCAAGGAAAAGCUUGGGGAUGAUGCCCUGAUUGAUUGGAACAGUUCAUAG